UUGCUGUUCCAUGUCACUACAGUCAUAUGCUUUCGGUCAUUCGGUUUGUUUAUAAACAUUUCUAGAAACUUGUAUUUUCCAAAGAAUUGAGUUGAUUCUUGAUCAGAAGUGACACAAAAUGAGUGGAGCUAAUACAAAGCACGAUGACACGCUGUUUGAAAUGCUUAAAGAAUGCAAAACUCUUCCCAACUUCUUGGACGCAAUUUUCGGAUUCCUCAAUCGGAGAACCGACUUCUACCAUAUAGCAAGUGAUCCAAAGGCUGCAGUAGGUUUACCUGAGGGUCUUGCAGAAAAGAUAGCUCAAAGUGCAUUUUUCAAAUGGAAAAUGAAACCUCCGGAGACAGUGAGACCAGAUGACAUUCCAGCUGACGGAGAGGAAGUAAUUAUUAGUGAUGAAGUUAUGGAAGAAGCUGCAAACAGCUCUGAAGAUAAACAAACUGCCCCAAAAUUGCCCAUAAAUAGUGACUGUCAGUUUUCAAAGUCAGAUUAUUACAAUGGAGCAGCAUUCGAUAACUAUUGCUGGUCACAGACAAUUACAGAUGUGGAUGUUAUUGUGAAAUUGCCUGAAAAUGUCAGUAGAAAAGACCUGAAUGUUAAUAUUCAAACGAGUAAAAUCACAGUGAAACACAAAGAGAAUACAACACUGCUUUCUGGAGAAUUUUGUCAAAAAUGCAAAGCUAAUGAUGCUAUUUGGUCAGUGGACAAUGGAAAACUAAUUAUUCACUUGGAUAAGAGCAAAGAAAUGUGGUGGAACUGUUUAUUGAAGUCUGAACCUGAAAUUGAUAUUUCACAAAUUGACUGCUCAAGACCAUAUGAAGAACUACCAGAGGAUGCCCAAGCUAAAAUUGAGGAGUUACAAUGGAACCAAGAGAGGAAGAGGUUAGGCUUGCCAACAUCUGAGGAAAUGGCCAUGCACAAGACAUUAGAGAAAGCUUGGAAUGCAGAAGGGUCACCUUUCAAUGGGCCAUUUGAUCCCAGCAAAGUACAGUUUAGUUAAAAUUGGUUGAGGACUUACAUUCUAUUUAUUUAAUUAUAAUUUUUAGAAAAUAUAUUCAAGUGUUUUUCAAUUCAAUUUUCAUCUAUUGACUGAUAUACUGAUUUUCAAAACUUGUUGCAUUUUUAGUGAUCAAACUCACUCCCUCCCUGAGAGCUGCUAUAUGGAAGUAGUCUCUCUUGCCAUG